AUGGAAAAGAUGCAGCUCCCGCAGAGCCCCGGCACUUUGUGUUUCGACAAGGAUGAGUUCAUGAAGGACUCGUUUGAUGUGGACCAGUUUGUGUCAGAAUGCAGAAAGCGUGUGCAGUUGGAGACUCUUCGAGAUGAUCUAGAAAUUUACUAUAGACUACUUAAGACAGCAAUGGUUGAGCUCAUCAACAAAGACUAUGCAGACUUUGUAAACUUAUCAACUAACCUGGUUGGAAUGGAUAGAGCAUUGAGCCAACUUUCAGUGCCACUGGGACAGCUGCGUGAAGAAGUAUUGGGUCUAAAAACAUCUGUUAAUUAUAGCAUUCGGGCAGUGGAUGACCGUUUGGCUAAACAAGAUGACCUUAGGAAAAAAAAGAUGUGUGUCCUAAGGAUGAUACGCGUAAUUCACUCAGUUGAAAAAAUUGAAAAAAUUUUGCUGUCCCACAAUUGCAAAACUAAUACAGAGCUGAACAGCACAUUGCUCACUGGGCAGAUCCUGGAAAGAAUAGCAACAGAAUUUAACCAGCUGCAGUUUCAUGCAGUGCAGAGCAAAGGAAUGCCUCUUUUGGACAAAGUGAGACCACGUAUUGCUGGAAUAACGGCAAUGUUACAGCGCUCCUUAGAAAGUCUCCUUUUGGAAGGACUUCAGACCUCAAAUGUGGAUAUAAUCCGUCACUGUUUGCGAACAUAUGCUACGAUUGACAAAACAAAAGAUGCAGAAGCUCUUGUUGGGCAGAUUUUGGUGAAACCUUACAUUGAUGAGGUUAUAGUAGAACAGUAUGUACAGUCCCAUCCCAAUGGAUUCCAGGUUAUGUAUAAUAAACUUCUGGAGUUUGUUCCUCAUCAUUGUCGCCUACUGCGGGAGGUUACAGGUGGAGCCAUUUCAAGUGGAAAGGCUGAUAUGGUACCAGGAUAUGACUUCUUAGUCAAUUCUGUCUGGCCCGAAAUUGCACGUGGAUUAGAGGAAAAGCUGCCAUCGCUAUUUAACCCAGGAAAUCCUGACAUAUUCCAUCAGAAAUACACAGUCAGCAUGGAUUUUUUGAGGACUUUUGAACGCCAGUGUGGGUCCCAAGCAAGCGUGAAGAGGUUGCGUGCUCAUCCCUCCUACCACAGUUUUAACAACAGUGGAAUUUGCCAGUGUAUUUUCAGAUAAGGUUUAAGGAAAUAGCAGGACGUUUGGAAUCUGCAUUAGUAUCUCCCCUGCAAGAAGUUUCAGAUGGGGAUACACUUUGCCUUCAAGCUUCCAGUGUCCUGUGGACAUGUCUGACUACAUGCUGGUCUGAUCAAAUCUUUCUACCUUUACUUGCUCACCGUUUCUGGAAACUGACCCUGCAGCUCCUGUCACGUUAUUGUAUUUUCAUUAAAGAGGUGGCUUCCCGUAUCACUUCAGAAUCCAGUAUGUCUGAGGGUAAAGGUUUUACACAAUACACUAACAAAGAUACAGCGCCCGCAUGUGUGGUUUCUGAAGAACAAGCUGCGACAACGUUAUCAGAGACCCAGUCCUCCAGAUUAUCAAUGCAUCAGUUAAUUCUGCUUGUUGCCGAUGUGGAUAAAAUCAUAGAUCAGAUACCAAAAUUAACUGACAUGAUUGAGACCAAGCUCAGCCUCAUUGGCUUUAAAAAUAUGGCAGUAAUAACAGGAGCAUUGGAAGAUAUUUUCACCUCAUUAUCAGCACCUCUUUUGGUCAUAAAUAACAGAAUCUCUCUGGACCUUAGUGAAUCCUGCCUGGUUUACUUGAAGAGCACCCUAGAAGUCCCUAGGCUUUACAGAAGAACCAAUAAGGAUUUACCAACAAAGCCUUCAUUUUAUGUUGAAAAUGCUCUUAAGCCACUUUUUCUCCUGCAAAAAGAAUAUGAAAAUAUACUGAAACAAACCACCAAAGAAAAAUGGUUGAAGGGAGCACUAACUGAAUGUACACAUAAGUACUAUGAAACGGUAUCUGAUGUUCUAAGUUCGGUAAAAAAAAUGGAAGAUAGUCUUAAGAGGCUCAAACAAGCACGUAAAACUGCUUUCUCCAGUAAUAGCACAAAUGGAGGCGUUAGUGAUGACAACAAAAUAAGACUUCAACUAGCUCUUGAUGUUGAACAUUUUGCAAAUCAGGUCCAACAGUUUGGUCUUCAUCCAGAAGAUGUAAAUUGUUCAGCUCUCAUAGAGUUGGUUCAAGCUGCCAAGGAACAUAUUGGGAUGGACUAA